AUGGCGACCAAAAGAAAGGCUGCCGCAAUGGCGCCCCAGGACGACGACCCCAUCGACCCCUCCGACGAGCUCCUGUUCCUGUGCUUGGGAGGCGGUAACGAGGUGGGCCGGUCAUGUCACAUCAUCCAGUACAAGGGCAAGACAGUCAUGCUCGAUGCCGGCAUGCAUCCAGCGUACGAAGGCCUGGCCGCCAUGCCCUUCUACGAUGAAUUUGACCUCAGCACAGUAGACGUGCUGUUGAUAUCACAUUUCCACGUCGACCAUGCUGCCUCCCUACCCUACGUUCUCGCAAAGACCAACUUCAGGGGUCGCGUCUUCAUGACCCAUCCCACAAAGGCCAUCUACAAGUGGCUUAUCCAAGACUCUGUCCGCGUCGGCAACAUGUCGAGCAACUCAGAAACCAAGAUCCAGAUGUACACUGAAGCGGAUCAUCUCAACACCUACCCCAUGAUCGAGUCAAUCGAUUUCUACACCACCCACACUGUAUCUGGCGUGCGCAUCACGCCAUAUCCCGCUGGCCACGUCCUAGGAGCGGCCAUGUUCCUCAUGGAGAUUGCGGGCCUGAAGAUCUUGUUCACGGGAGACUACUCGCGAGAAGACGACAGGCAUUUGGUCUCUGCUUCUGUUCCACCAGGAGUCAAGGUCGAUGUCCUCAUCACCGAGUCAACAUUCGGUAUCUCCAUGCACACGCCCCGUGUAGAGCGCGAAACACAGCUCAUGAAAGCCAUCACCGACAUCCUCAACCGUGGCGGUCGAGCUCUGCUCCCGGUCUUUGCAUUAGGUCGAGCCCAGGAAUUGCUACUCAUCUUGGACGAGUACUGGAGUAAGCAUCCAGAAGUCCAAAAGGUCCCCAUCUACUACAAUUCCAGUCUCGCGCGGAAAUGCAUGCAAGUCUACCAAACGUACGUCUCUGCCAUGAACGAUAACAUCCGCCGCCUCUUUGCAGAGCGCAUGGCCGAAGCCGAAGCCGCAGGAGACACAGGCCGGCGCGGAGCAUGGGACUUCAAAUUCGUGCGCUCCCUCAAGUCGCUCGAGCGUUUCGACGAUCUCGGUGGCUGCGUUAUGCUUGCUUCCCCUGGUAUGAUGCAAUCCGGCACAUCGCGUGAAUUACUCGAGCGAUGGGCUCCAGAUCCACGGAACGGCGUCAUCAUCACGGGUUAUUCGGUUGAGGGCACAAUGGCGAAGCAGAUUGUUCAUGAACCUGAACAAAUCCCUGCCAUCAUGACGCGGGCAAGUAACACAGCACGGAGACCAGGCCAGCGGGAGAAUGAACAGGCCAUGAUACCCCGGCGCUGCACAGUGCAAGAGUACAGUUUCGCCGCACACGUCGAUGGCAAGGAGAAUAUGGAAUUUGUCCAGGAAGUUGCUGCUCCGGUGGUCAUCCUUGUCCAUGGCGAAAAGGGCAACAUGACCCGCCUAAGAUCCAAACUUCUUUCCUUCAACGCCCAAAAGACCGUCCCAACCAAAAUCUACUCCCCGGCAAAUUGCGAAGAACUCCGCAUCCCUUUCAAGACAGACAAGGUCGCUAAAGUCGUCGGCAAGCUUGCUUCUAUUGCACCACCUGUACCUCACCUCGACGGUGAAGGUGACGAGGAGAUAGAAGUGAGUGGCGAGGGCGAGAAGGUGGAUAUGAUCACGGGAGUUUUGAUCCAGAACGAUUUCAAGAUUUCACUGAUGGCGCCUGAGGAUCUAAAAGAGUAUGCUGGUUUGACGACGACGACGAUUCUUUGCCGCCAGCACCUUACGCUUUCAGCGGCUGGUAUUGAUCUGAUCCGCUGGGCACUCGAGGGCACUUUCGGCGCCAUCAAGGAGUCGAAAAUCAACGAUAUGGACGACGACAAAAAAGAAUCCAAGACCAACGGCAACAGCGUGCAUGACGAUGCAGAUGAAGAAGUCAGCCGGACGGAGACAAAGUUCAUGGUUAUGGACUGCGUGGGCGUGCUGGUCAAGAACGGAGGACGAGUGGAGGUAGAGUGGGAGGGGAAUGUCAUCAACGAUGGCAUUGCGGACGCCGUACUCGCUGUCCUCUUCACCGUAGAAAGCUCGCCGGCGGCAGUGAGACAAUCAUCAAAACAACACUCGCACUCCCACGCGGAUCAGAGCGAGAAAUCCGAAGCUCGGCUAACCCACCGCUUCAAACAACCUCACCCCCACCGCACUAUGGACCCCUCAACCCGUCUCGCUCGCCUUUUCCUCUUCCUAGAAGCACAAUUCGGCGAAGAUGCCGUGCGGCCCAUCACUCUGCCUCGGAACUCUACCUCCCAUGCGAAUGACACGAACGGGACGCUUCCAACCCCAGAUGCUGCCAAAUCACCGGUUUCCAAAGUCUCCGAGGAUAGCCUCAGCCCCGCGGACAAGCAAGAACUCAAACGCCUACACAACUUGGGCAUACCGGUGCCGGGGAUUGAGAUCAAGUUCGAUCGAUGGCAAGCCAAGGUGUGGCUUGAAGAUUUGGACGUGGAGUGUAGCAACAAUGCGCUUCGGGCGAGGGUCAAGGCUGUGGUAGAGAGGGGAGUGGAGACUGUGAGUGGGUUGUGGAGCUGA